AUGAGUAGCUUAAAGCAGUGGAGACAUCAGUCUUUAGAAUCUGAUAGGCCAACUCGAAAGAAUGUGGGUCAAAAGGAUUCAGAGGCUGUGUCCGGUGUUUUUGACGAGGACUCACUCGAUGGUGAGGAUUCAAAGCAACCGUCCUCUGUAUGCCGCGCUGAAAAAUCAUUAGGAAUACUGACUCAACGAUUUGUUGAUUUGCUGCAACGAGCUCGGGGAGGAAUCGUUGACUUGAAUAUUGCAGCCGAAGAACUGCAAGUUCGACAAAAACGAAGAAUAUAUGAUAUAACAAAUGUUUUAGAAGGCAUUGGCUUAAUAGAGAAAAGAUCGAAAAAUAUUAUUAAUUGGAAGGGCGGAAAGUUAAGAAAACAUGGCUCCUUUCCAGAUACGGAUUCCGAAGAUCAAAAGCGUAUGUUAAAGCGGAAAGCUGAAAUAGAGGAAUUAGAAAAAGAAGAACGAGUACUUGAUACGCAUAUAAAAUGGAUGAAACAAAGUUUACGAAAUGUGAGUGAAAAUCAAAGAAAUAUGAAAUUAGCAUAUUUAACAGAAGAAGACGUUCUUUCCGUAUUUGGAGAAAGUCGUGUGUUUGCUAUACAAGCUCCUCCUGGAACCUUUGUUGAAGUUGGCGCGCCACCUAAAUUACACGAUUUUGAAAUACAAUACAACUUACGAUUAAAAAGCACACUUGGCCCUGCAAACGCUAUAUUAUUGGGAGCAAUAAAAAACGAUCAAAAUGAGGGCGAUUUAUUCACUGGCAAAUUUCAGCCCAUGUCGUAUGCAGUGGAAGGUGAUGUUCCUGGAGAGUUCUUGGAAGAAAUGGAGCAGGAGGGGCUUACAAGAAGACGGCGAUUAUUGGGAAAUGAAUCUAGUGAUCAUCCUGACUCCUUAAUGCCUCAACUUCCUUCUCGAGGUAGUAGUCAAAGGUCGUUUGAUCAAGAAUUUAGUCCACGCCAGUCGCAGUCGCAGUCCACUUCUAGUCAAGAAAUUCGAGAAGUGUUAAAAAAACUAAGCCCGCCACCAUCAGAACGUGACUAUAUUUUUAGUCUCAGUCAAGGUGAGACAUUGCCCGACUUAUUUGGAGAUGAUCUUAUGUGA